CCUGCCCGGGCCUGCCACUGCCCCCCGUUAUUUCAUUUCCUAAUUCCUAUUGGCAACAAGUAAAUAAAGAAUAUUGUAGCAUAGUAAAAUAGUAACAAACAAAAAAUAAUUAAUUCAUAAUGUAGUUGUUCACACACGUACUUUCCAGCAAUAACAAAGAGUGGAAUUUGUAAAUUAGACUAUGUGUUUUUACCUGGUAUUUUUCUCAGAUGGAUGAAUUAAUUGAAUAAGAUUAGGCCUACCAUGAGCAAAUUUCCGCUGAUCCUUGUAAUGUCAUAAUGACAUUAGAAGCUGAAGGAGUUGGUUGUUAUUAUUUAUGACAUGGGAAUUUGUAGUCUUCGGACCUUUUUCCUGACAAACUGUGUGGUCCAGUUGAUUCUAACAGCUUGCCGUCAGGUUUUCGACUUCCUUGGGUACAUGUGGGGACCAAUUUUCUCAAACUUUUUCCAAAUAAUAUUUACAAUUUUUGGGUUUUUUGGGGUUUAUCAAUAUCGUCCUAAAUACAUUAUCGUGUAUUCAGUUUGGUGUGUAUUUUGGUGCAGUUGGAAUAUUUUCGUUGUCUGUUUCUAUUUGAAUCUGUUCGGACUGGAUAAGGACAGUGAUCUGCUGAGUCUAGGCACGGGCAGUGUCAGUUGGUGGGAGACGGGUGGUCCAGGCUGUAAGCCUGUGUUCCUGGCCAACCAAUCACUGGAGGGGGAGCCGUGGCGACCGCUGCGGCCAGACUUUGUCACAGACUGUCUGUUGCGUUACGAUCACCUGGAGGCCGGCCAAGCCAUCCUACAUCUCCUCACAUCGGUUUUUGGUUUAAUAUCGGGAGUUAUAAUUGCCUGGUCCUUAUUUGAUGAAGAUGAUACAUUUGACUUUUUGGGUGAAUUUGAGUCAAAAAGCCCUCAGCAUCUAGCUCUACAGCCCAUGUAUGUGCGCCACGCCACUGUGCCUUCUGCUUCCGACAGUCUUCUCACUCUCACGCGGAGCCUCAACAAACACCGUGCAUCUCCACCCGGUAAAAAGAAGAAGGUGAAUGAACUGCCGCCACUCUACUCCAUAGAGUACAGCAUGAGACGUCCUUCAGAUGACAAUAUUCACGAACCGGAAGAAGAUCCUGAGUCUCGGUUGUCUUCCCCACGUCCCAUGACUCCGCGGCGAGUGAAGCGUCGCAGUGUCAACUCACGAGGAGUGCCUCUACAGCGGCCGCACUCUUCACAUCUGUCGCACAGUCAGCGACACUCACACUCGAGGUCGUCGGCACGCUCGUCUCAGCGUAGACAUCGAGUGUCCCAUCCCAGUCCGGUCACCCGGCUCAUAGAUCAGCAGCAGAAGCAAGACGUCAGCAGACUGGUGGGUCACACCAACCCAAUGUACCAGCAGAGCUCAAGUAACUCGCUGGAUCUUGACUGUGACCGGCCGUCGUCUGCGAGGUCUGUCUACUCCAACUACCACGGCACUCGAGCAUUCACAUACACAGCUCAACCACCCUCCACCUUCCUCAGCCGAGGACCUCCCGCCUACUCUCCUGACAAGACUGAGACUGUCAUUUGAAUAAUCAAAACAAAUACUAGCGAUAGAUGUAAAAAUGAGUUAGGGUAAUGAUUUCAUCAUCACUGUAGAUUUUAUUAUUUAGUGCAAAAUGUUAAACUUAAAAGUAGGCUAAUUUAUUUAGAGGGGAAUAAUUAACAUGCCUUGAGAGUCAGCAUCCCAAGUGUGUGGGGAUGUCUCCUCCCACCUCCCUUCUGGUGACCCACUAGCGAAUAUCUUCUUUGCCUGUGUUUCUGACCAUGGGAUAACCUUGAGGGAAACUGUUAUUGUAAAAAGUGUAAUUAUAAAAUCCUCCUGUUCGUUCUCCAACUGCUGGUAGCUUUGUAAUUGUUAAAAACUGAACCUGGGGGCUGUCCAUGACCGUUGGGCUUCAAUGAAUGGUAAAAAAUGGCCUAAAACUAAAAAUAACCAAAUUUUUAUUAACAAUGUAUUAAAACUUGUUGCUAAAUGCCAUGGUAUUUUAAUGAGAAGUAAAACAACUAAAACCAUCACUAACUCGCAUCUUUUAUGUAAAACAAAUUGCAUUUUUAACUUAGCCAAUACAAUGUUUUUUUGUUAUCAUUUUGUUCCUGAGAAAAGUGUUCUAUUCCAGUGUGUUUUUAAAUAAGACCUACAAACUUCUCUAUUAGUGUACACCAAUUUAAUAAAAUCUUCAAGAAAACGUACUCACAAGGAAUCACCAAAAUGUAUGACAUUAAAAACAAAGUAAUACAGCUGAAAAAAUGGUAAAUUUACACCUCGUUUGUACAUACAAAAACCUUUAUUUCCUCUUUUUUUUAGAAGAAAAUGUCAAAGCAUAACGUUUAGCAGUGGCGUAACUAGAACAUGGCUUUGGGGGAGGGAUGGUUGAGCUCAAUAAUAAUUCAAUUCAAUUUAAAUUAGUUAAUUCAAUCUGUACUCAUGCGUGGGGUCAGGGGCCUUCCCCCAGAAAAUUUGGAAAAUGUAGAACUCCAAACUCACAUUUUCAGGCAUUCUAGAGGUGUAAUCACGUUCAAUAAAGAACUAAAAAAAUCAACCCAAUUGAGGCUGUCUCUGGCCGGACAGAUUCAGGAAAUAAAGUACCACUAUCGGUUAACACACACUCACUCGUUAUUGUUUUUUACCGGCCGUCUGCCUGAUUUGCAACUUAUUACAGUUUCUCCAAGUUUUAGACUUGGCUUACAUACCCUCCCAAGAGCCCUGACACCAUUCCGAAUAAUAAUACACAAUACACAACAUUUUACUAAAUAACAUCAAUACUUUUCAGAAUGACAUGGCUUAUUUAAUAUUUGUUACAAGUCUAUACAAUUUUUUUUUGUUUAUGUUCUUUGCUUAAAUGAAGGUAAACUAUCAUAAUAAAAAGACAAGAGGACAGUUAAAGGCCUUUCCUCUUUGACAUUUUAUUAAACUACUACAAGAUUACAGAACAGAACUAGAACACAGAGUAAAAAACUAACGUAAAAGCCAAGCCGUCUGGCGUCUUAGUUCUUCUCACACAUGCCUGCAGUGUUAACCACUCAAAUUUACUCUUACUGCCUGGGUGUAUUCAUUAAUUAAAUCUUUUAAAAUUAUUUUACUAUCCAAAUUAACUAAAAAAUUAUUGAAUUAGAUUAAUAAAACAAAAUCAAAAAUAAAUCAUCUGUUUCAGCUGUAAACUUCACGCAACUGUAUUUUAAAGAAAUAAGAUUGCUGUGAUAAAAUAAUUAUUUUUAUUUUAGGGUUCUGAGGAGGGGGUUCUAUCCCCCAUCCCCCCCCCCUGUAGUUACGCCACUGACCAUUAGGAUCUAACCUGAAAUGGAAUAUAUAUAUAUAUCCACACACAUACAAAACCGAACCUUGGAACUAAUAAAAAGAAGCCUUCACAUUUUUCAAUUACUUGGAUGAGAAGUCCACUUGCACUAUUUAAAGUCAAUGGUCUAUCACACUUCAGUUUGUAGAUCUUAUCCCAAAAAAACUUUAAAUAUUAUUUACCUAAUAGCUGAAGCAUUUGUCAAAAACUUGUCCUCCCAAAGACUAUUUUUGAAGACUAGAAUGUAAAUAGUGUAAAAAGUGAUUGUACAUAGUUAAGAGUUUUUUAUAACUACAGUUUUGUAAAUAUAGCAAU